CUCUUUUAUUUCUCCCCACUGCAAACACCAAGUUUCCUGAACAAUGGCAGAGCCGAUGGAAGUCGAAGUCGCGCCUGGCGUGAACAAGAAGAUUCUGCGUGCUGGCGUCGACACUCCCGCGGCCACUGCGGAUGUGUUUGACACUGCCGACGUGAGCCCCCCGAGCGGCUCCAAGGUGACUGUGCACUACGUCGGCCGCCUGCUCGACGGCACCGUGUUUGACUCGAGCCGCGAGCGCAACGAUCCGUUCGUCUUUGAUCUCGGCAAAGGCCGAGUCAUCAAGGCGUGGGACGUUGGUGUGGCAAGCAUGAAGCGCGGCGAGCUGGCCGAGCUCACCUGCGCGCCCGAGAUGGCGUACGGCGCAAGCGGAUCGCCGCCCAAGAUCCCGCCGAACGCAACGCUGGUGUUUGAGGUCGAGCUGCUCAGCUGGUCCUCCGGCGACGACAUUAGCGGCAAGAACGACGGAUCGCUCGUCAAGAAGAUUGCCAAGGAGGGCGCCAACUGGAAGAAGCCCAAGAACGGCGAAGACGUGCAGUUCCGCAUUCGCGUGCGUAACGCCGCCUCCGGAGAGACGUAUGUCGACCACACGCAGCAAGCAGUGUGGCAGCGCAUCGGCGACGUCUCCGUCUACCCAGCAGCCGUCUCAACCGCGCUCACCAACAUGAAGCUCGGCGAGCACGCCUUGGUCCGCGCCACCGAUGCCGGCAGCGACGCAAUUGGCGUCCCGGCAAACACCCCCGUCGUGUUUGACCUCGUUCUCGAGCGCUGGAUUGAAGUCGUCAAGAUUACCGACGACGAAGGCGUGGUCAAGCGCAUUCUGGGCGAAGGCGAGGGCUUCAAGACGGCCAAGGACGGCUCGACCGCCAAAGUCCGCAUUCUGCAGCUCGCCGACCCGCACCCGGCCUUCGCGGACCUGAUUUCGCAGCACCCGGAUGGCCAAGGUAGCGAGGUGACUGUCGUCGUCGGCGAUGUUGCUGGCCAGCUGCCCGAGGCUGUCGAGAUGGCGCUCGAGACGAUGAAGGUGAACGAGCGCGCCGUCGUGACUGUCCACCCGUCGUUCCACUCGCUCGCCACCUCCGCGAUCUACGAUGUCAAGCUGCUUAGCUUCACCCCCGUUAAGGAUAUCUGGGACAUGUCGGAUGCGGAGAAGGUGGAAACGGCCAACGUCACCAAGGAGAAGGGCUCGACGCUCUUCCGCGAGAGCAAGUUCCGUGCCGCCGAGAAAAAGUACCUCGCUGCGCUCAAACUCGUCGAGAGCGACUUUUCAUUCACCGAGGAACAGAAGGCUGCCGUGUCCAAGCUGCGUGUUGCCUCCAACAGCAAUCUCGCCGCCGUGCAACUGAAGGGCAGCAAGUGGGCAGAGGCCAUCAAGAGCGCCUCCAAGGUUCUGGAGAUUGAGCCCAACAACGUCAAGGCCCUGUUCCGUCGCGCCCAGGCCGAGCACCGUUCGGGCGAUCUGGAACUCGCACUCGCUGAUCUCGCCGCAGCGUCCAAGCUCGAGCCCUCCGAUGCAGCCAUCCGCGCCGAGACUACUGCUGUUCAAAACAAGGUUCAAGCACAAAAGAACAAGGAGAAGGCCUUGUACUCCAAGAUGUUUGCUUAAGCGAGUGACGAGUUUUUGUGAUUUUUUCCAAAAGUGCUUUUCGCUUGGCUUGUACUUUUCCUCCAAUGACAGCAUGAAUUUUUUUCGUU